AUGGAUUCCAGAAUUGUACAGUGGAAUUGUAGAGGCCUCAAGGCCAAUUACGAGGAAAUGCAGCUACUGAUGGACUCUGAGACUCCUGUAGCUGUCUGCUUACAGGAAACAUUUCUGAAAGAUUGCAUCAGCUUCCGAAGCUACCGUGCUUACACCAAGAAUGUUGAGGAUGCAGAGAGAGCAUCAGGUGGAGUCUGUAUCCUUGUGAAGGAUAGCAUCCCCCAUGAGAGGGUAGAACUACAGACCACACUACAGGCCGUAGCAGCUAGGAUAACCCUUCACAAGUAUAUAGUCAAGCUAAAAUCCAACCCCACGAACCCUGCUUUUGACUCCAUAUUUAACCCCACAGAGGUAGAAUUAUACAAUCGAAGGCCUAACGUCAUACAGCCGUUGGGCCUUCGAAUGAGAGAACCCAUCCAAAAUUUAACCCCACCCAUUGACCAAAUCUCUAAAAUAGAAACCCCUCAGAAUCCUCCUUGGCUAAUGAAUAAACCCAAAUUAAAUUUAUCCCUCCUUAAUUUCAAAAAAGAAAAUACAGACCCAAGCAUACUACAAGUCCACUUUAGGGAACUGCAGGAGAGCUACGGAGAUUGUGGCACCAUCUACACAGACGGAUCCAAAAUGGAGGGAAAGGUCGCGUGUGCCUGCUCCUUUCGGAACAAAACAAUCUCCCGUAGACUCCCCGAUGGCUGCUCCAUCUUUACGGCCGAAUUGCACGCAAUAUUGCUUGCACUUAUGGCCGUAAAAGCAUCAGAAAGGAGUAAAUUUAUAAUCUGCUCCGACUCCAAAUCUGCAUUGCAAGCUUUGGGGCGGAUGAAUACUGACAUCCCAUUGGUACAUAAGAGCCUGAAGCUGUUGGACCUAAUAACAGCCGACCGUAGGGAUGUCACCUUCAUCUGGGUCCCCUCCCAUGUUGGCAUUGAGGGAAACGAAGCCGCAGACAGAGAAGCAAAGAGAGCCCUAAAUCAUGCGGUGUCAGGAACCCAAAUUCCCUACUCGGACCUGAGACAAAGUAUUGCCUCUGCCACCUAUCGAGAGUGGCAGAACCGAUGGGAGGCUGAGACUCACAGUAAACUCAGGCAGAUUGUGGCGGAUGUCAGGUGGCGGCCCACAUCUAAGGGUCUGACAAGGCGUGGUAGCACAACCAUGUCCAGACUUAGGAUUGGCCACACCUACAUCACGCACUCUUUUGUACUGAAGAGAGAGGAGCCCCCACUUUGCGAGUACUGUGACUCUCGCCUCACCGUGGAACAUAUCCUCGUUGAUUGCCCCAGAUACCAGGAUGUCAGGGCGAAAUAUUUUAGAGCCACUAAUCUAAAAACACUAUUUAAUAAUGUCGACCCUGGGAAGGUACUGGGCUUUAUUCGGGAAGUGGGGCUAUCUACGAAGAUCUGAUUUCUGAAUUUGUGAACAUGCACUAUUUACAUUAGAUUUUUACCAAAUAUUUAAAUUUUUACUACCUUUACUAUUUUAACUGUGAAUAGACCUUGAUUUUAAUUAUAUGACUGUAUAGAAUCUGGCCCUUGUUGUUUAGAGAGAGAGUAGUCCUUAAGGGACUGCAGGCACGACAUGGCCUAAAUUGUGCCGAUGUGCCUCAAAUCAACAAACAAAC